UUUAUCCCCAUUUUCCCAUCACCUGUCUUUCUUACAGCCUUCUUCUUACAGCAGCUUCCUCUACAAAACAUCAAAUGUCAGGAGACGCAAGCCGGCCUGUUGUGUGCUUUAUUCCUCCUCUGGAGAGGUGAUGGGAAUCGAAGUCGCCUUUUAAUUCGUGGAUUGUUGACUUUAUCGCCUAUUCAAGGCUGACGUGAGUCUUUAUGAGAUAUGUGAUAUUCUGCCUAUGAAAUGCAGUAGUUGGUCUCCAUUUAGCUCUGUCAUUGUAAAAGCUCUUUAGGAUUGCAGCGAGCCCCAGCUGUGGCCGGUGGGCAUGGUUUUGGAGGGUAGCUCAGAGGCGUUGUGUCCCCCCCCAUCUCUGGAGCUGCGCCCAUCCUGCAACAAGAGCCAGCCCUCGCCUCCUUUGGGCUCAAGCUCACAACCCCACGAUGGAGUCUUUCCCGAGGACAAGGAGCCCGUAAAGUAUGGAGAGCUCGUCGUCUUGGGGCACAACGGGUCACUGGCCAAUGGGGACAAAGGUCGCAGAAGAAGUCGUCUGGCUCUUUACAAGAGACCCAAAGCCAAUGGGGUCAAACCUGAUGUUAUCCACAAUGUCUCAACUCCUUUGGUGUCAAAGGCACUCAGCAACAAAAGCCAGCACAGCAUCUCCUACACACUGUCACGGAGCCACUCUGUAAUUGUGGAAUACACCCAUGACACCAACACAGAUAUGUUUCAGAUUGGCCGGUCCACAGAAAGCAUGAUUGAUUUUGUGGUGACGGACACAGCAGGCAGCAGUGGUCAAGUUGGGGGUGCGGUGGGGGAGGGCGGAGGCCAAUCAAUUCAGAGCACCAUCUCACGAUACGCCUGCCGCAUCAUGUGUGAGCGCAGUGCUCCCUACACGGCUCGCAUCUACGCCGCUGGCUUUGACUCUUCCAAGAACAUCUUCCUGGGGGAGCGUGCUGCCAAAUGGAGAACAUCAGAUGGCCUGAUGGAUGGUCUGACUACCAAUGGUGUGCUGGUCAUGCACCCAGCGGGCGAGUUUGUGUCUGAGCCGGCUCCUGGGGUCUGGAGAGAAAUCUCAGUCUGUGGAAAUGUCUUUGCACUGAGGGAGACACGCUCAGCCCAGCAGAGAGGAAAACUGGUUGAAAAUGAGUCAAACACACUCCAGGAUGGUUCUCUGAUUGAUCUGUGUGGAGCAACGUUGCUGUGGAGGACCCCCACUGGAUUGCGGCAUACUCCUACUCUCAAACAGCUGGAGUGCCUUCGACAGGAGCUGAACGCUGCGAGGCCUCAGUGUCCUGUGGGCUUCAACACGCUGGCCUUCCCCAGCCUGGCCCAGCGCGAGAUUGUCGACAAGAAGCAACCCUGGGUUUAUGUCAACUGCGGUCACGUACACGGCUACCACAACUGGGGCUACCGGAAAGAAAAAGGCCCCCCCGGCCCUGGAGGCACAGCACCUGCCGGCACAGGUGAGAGGGAGUGCCCUAUGUGUCGAAGAGUAGGCCCCUACGUGCCGUUGUGGUUGGGCUGUGAGGGUGGAUUGUACCUGGACGCUGGGCCACCCACUCAUGCUUUCUGCCCCUGUGGUCACGUUUGCUCAGAAAAGACAGUAGCAGGAUGGAGCCAGAUCCCAUUACCCCACGGCACUCAUGCCUUUCAUGCUGCCUGCCCUUUCUGUGGUACCUGGUUGACAGGAGAGCAGGGCCACAUCAAACUCAUCUUCCAGGGGCCCGUUGAUUGAAGCUGAGAGAAUUCAGUGCGGGCGGAUUGACUAAGGACCUGCUGACUAAAGACUGUGUGUGCUGACAUGAUAAGCUGAAAGCAACUUGCAAUAGUACAUACCAAGGCUUCACAUGGAAUAUGAGGUGUAUGGAGAGUAUGUAAAAUAAAUUGUGUUGAAAACAA